CGAGCAGAACGUGUGCGGCGGUAAUGGCUGCCAGGGAGAGUGAGGAAGACAACAAAUGAACCCCUGAGAAACGACUCAAAGUGAGGACUAGGAUGGUAAGCAGCCAGCCGAAGUACGAGCUGAUCCAGGAGGUGGGGCGUGGCAGUUACGGCGUGGUCUAUGAGGCAGUGGUGAAGCGCACAGGGGCCCGGGUGGCGGUGAAGAAGAUCCGCUGCCACUCUCCGGAGAAUGUGGAGCUGGCCCUGCGCGAGUUCUGGGCCCUGAGCAGCAUCCAAAGCCAGCACCCGAACGUCAUCCACCUGGAGGAGUGCAUCCUGCAGCGGGACCAGCUGGCCCAGAGGAUGAACCAUGGAUCCAGCUCCCCGCUCUACCUGGAGCUGGUGGAGACGUCCCUUAAAGGCGAGAUCACAUUUGACCCGUGCUGUGCCUACUACCUGUGGUUCGUCAUGGACUUCUGCGACGGGGGUGACAUGAACGCCUACCUGCUGUCCCGCAAGCCCAGCCGCAAGACCAACACCAGCUUCAUGCUACAGCUGGGCAGCGCCCUGGCCUUCCUGCACCGCAACCAGAUCAUACACCGCGACCUCAAACCGGACAACAUCCUCAUCUCCCAGGCCUGCACGCCGGCAGGGUCGUCCGAGCCCACCCUCAAAGUGGCCGACUUCGGCCUGAGCAAGGUCUGCUCCACCUCCGGGCUCAACCCGGAGGAGCCGGCCAGCGUCAACAAGUGCUUCCUGUCCACGGCGUGCGGGACGGACUUCUACAUGGCCCCAGAGGUCUGGGAGGGCCACUACACGGCCAAGGCGGAUAUCUUCGCCCUGGGGGUGAUUAUCUGGGCCAUGGUGGAGCGCAUCACCUUUGUGGAUGUGGAGACUCAGAAGGAGCUGCUGGGGAGCUACGUGCAGCAGGGCUCAGAGAUUGUUCCCUUAGGGGAAGCCCUGUUAGAGAACCCAAAGAUGGAGCUGCUGAUCCCCGCCAGGAAAAAGAGCAUGAACAGCCACAUGAAGCAGCUGAUCAGGGAGAUGCUGUCGGCCAACCCUCAGGAGCGGCCCGACGCCUUUGAACUGGAGCUCAGACUGGUGCGUAUCGCCUGCAGAGAGCUGGACUGGGACACGUGAUGGAUGAGCAAAAAGCGCCACAGACUCAGCCGAUCAAGCACAUGUCCACAUCUCAUCAGUCGCUGU